GUUUAACCAGCUCAUGCUAUCGAUUCAACUUACUUUUAAGUUAAAUGUAACUGUUGUUAAAUCAGUCUAGAGACUACUGAGCCUCAUUUUGGCCAUCUUCCUUCGCCCAAGACAUCCUAACAUUCUUCAACCAAGUUGCCUUCACUUUAGACUCCUCGGUAACACGAAAGGCUUCUACUUCAAGCAAAUCAUCUUGCCAAGGUUAUAAAGCAAAGAGCCCAUGGAAACGCCGGUCCCUACGCCCCCAUUCUUUGGUCGAGCAGGCCAUAACGAGAUCUUCGAAGAGGCCAAGAACUGCCUCUCACAACUUGACUCAUCUGACCUUGACUCCCAGGAGGCAUGUACCCCGUUUUCUCAGUCAAACAAGACAAUACGUUUUCAAGAGCUUCCGCCGUCGAUAAAGCAGUCAUGCCUUGCACUUCUCGGCUGCGUUUUCGGCCCCUCUUACGAACAGAUGAUUGCACAAGGAACGAAAAAUGAGAACAGAUUAUGGUCGAACUUAACCGUUCCAGGUGUCAUCAACUCGUUGGAGAAAACUUUCGGGUCAAAGUUGGACCGACCGAAGAUCAAUCUUGAGCUCAUCGCGCAGCAAAUUUGCAAUAAUACAGCACAGCCAUUCCAAGACAUUGAUACCAGCUCACAAGAGUGGAUCGACCAGCUUUGUGGUCCAAAUUUACGAUGGGAGUCAAUAGGGCUGCUCUGGAGUGUUCUAAGGCGCAUACCAGGGUCUUUCGAACCGAUAGAGCGUAACCAGUUUCAUAUCUUGGAAAGUGGGACAGCGAAUAAGCCGGUUCUGGCGUUCUUGAGACACAGCAUCAACUUGGCUCGGCAUUUCACUCUGGCAAAUGCCAUCAUAUUGGAUCUCCUGUUCCAAAAGGCGAUUAUGGAGUCGAUGAUUGUCGGGGAUGCCAGCUUGGUUUGCUGGGGUUCUUUUGCGGAUGCCGUUUCCGUCAUGACUUAUCUUGGAGUUCACGCCGAGAAGCUCACUGGGCCUUACAAACCGUCGCUGAGUUCAGAACACAAACGGCGUCUUUUUGGUCGAGUUUAUAACCUUGACAAAGCCAUCGUUGCUUUCACUGGAAGGCCGCCACUGCUUAAUCCGCGCUUUUGCUCGACACCACCACCACUGGAUUUAAGUGACGAGGAUCUUCUUGCUGGAGGUGCUGUGCUCGAGAAGGCCGUGUCUGAGCUUGAUAGUCGUGGCUGGAGCUUGAGACGUGGUGUUUAUCCUUCUAGUAUCUGUCGAGCUGGCUACUUUAUGGCUGUGAUACUGAACGAAAUUAUUGAUAUCAGUCUUGGUUCUGGUUCCAAUGCGACUGUUGAGACUAUCAUAAAUCUGAAGCAACGGCAGUUAAAUGUCAUUGCCGAACUUCCCAAGUGCCUGGUCUAUGAUCCCGAUGACCCUGCCGAUCUUCCACUUCCGCGGGGAGAAAUUAGACCCUAUGAUAAGGACCUUUCUGACCCUCCAGUUGAGACAAAUGUCGUGUCUUUAAGGAUAUUCAUCCGGUUGACACACCUACAGAACAUGUUCUUGCUGGAAAGGCUACUCCUUCAAUACGGAUGUCCGGAUGAAGGGGAUGUUCUUUUGGUUUCGUAUGAAAUGAUCACGCUUACUCUAACGUUCUGGAUGCACAAGGAUCGGUUCCGUGAUAUUCGACGAGAUAUGGAGUGGCUGCUUAUGGCCUUUGCAGUACCGGGUGGUGGCAUUCUCUGCCUGGAACUCCUCAGUCCAACGUUUCAGGGCAAACAUCCCAAGGACAGUCGCCUCAGCCGAUCAAGCAUUGUCCAGCAACUAAGCUUGCUUGUUGGUUUCCUGGACUGGGUUCACCCAUCAGCACCCAACGGCGAUCUCUGCGCAAGUUGCAAGACUAUUAUUCAGCGCGUGUUAGAUUAUCAUCUCAAUAAUAUAGAUCCGAUGAGCGAUCUUGGAUCACUAGAUCAGUUCAGUUCUGGUUUGGCGGGGAGGCUCAACUUUCGAUUUGAGUUGUUGAAUACGUUUGAUUGGCUUAAUGCCGGGUAG